AUGGCCUACGAGAACCCGCAGGCUGGCUCUCUGAAGCGGAAGCGGAGGAGAAGAGCAGACAAGCCAGCAAUCUCCGCGAGGUUAUAUUUGGACAGCAACCUCAAGGGCGAGGUUGGUGUGCUGUCGGAAGACUUGCUGCAGGACUUGUAUCCCAGUCGGGAGGGAGCUACAGGAGGGGAGGUGUAUGCCGCUCUGGCACCGUGGACACCGGAUCCGACACCCUCUGGCUCGGAAUGGACAGUCUUACCCUUUCGAAGGACGACCAAGGACGAGCGACCUCUACCUGCUUCUACAAUUCGCUUCCCUGCCUCUGCGUUAGGCACACAGAGCUUCGUCAACGUAGUGCAGACGUUGUUCCCGAACCGAACCAUCAGACAGAACGUUGCGGUGGAGGUACGCAUCAGCGAUGUUGUCCCUCUUACCCUAGACUCAGUAUUCGUCGCUGUCGACACAGAUGCUUUGCAGAAGCUGGAGAAUGUUCAGAGGAAAUAUGCCGGAGGAUUUGGUCAAACCAAUGGUAUUGCUGGGCGCAAAGCUGGAAAGCGAGCGAGUCCAGCCCCUCCAAGCCCGCAUGAAGAGGAGCCACCUGCGACUACGGAAGAUCGGAGGAAACAACUCGUCCACGAUGCGCUAGCUGCUGUACAGGUAGCUCAUACGGGGGACCUACUGGCUCUGCCGCUUACACAUCCGGUCACACAUGCCUCCGCACCUCCUGCUCGGAUUCUGGGGUGCGAGCCGGUCUCUCAAGGUCUUCUGUCACCAGCAACUAAGAUUGUUCUCGUACCGAUUGCGGAGAAGAGGCCAGUACCUUUCAGUGGCAGAGCUAUGAUCUCGCCUCGACUUCCCGAAGAAGAUGGAGAGGACGACGAUGUGUCAGAACAAUUCUACUCAGCUACUGAAGAGAACUCACCCGCGAAGCCAGUCGUGAUCUCCAAGUCAGCUACGGAUAUGUCGAACUCAGAAGAUUUGUUCGAUUCGAGUGCAGAAGACAGCAAUCUUUCAGAUGACGACGAUGACAUGAUCUCGCUUGCAAAGCCAGGGCUGUCCGAUCAGCCCUCAGGUCUAGCUUCAGCACUGAUGUCCAUGACACCUAGGCCGUUCGGGUUGAUGACUGGGAUUAGUACUCCCGGCUCUGUAUACUCGCACGUUACUACGACCACCAUUAGAGGCGGGCAACCGGUAAGAAGCCGAGCUUUCAACACUCAAGGCUUGCUUGAGAAGAUACCAGACGGACUGCUACACCCGAGACCACCACCGGACGAAGACGAGGAGGCGCGAGUGUACGUCGACUCUACCACACUGGCUAAGUUGGGCUGCUUUUCAGGCGACUGGGCCAAGAUCGAGCCUACAGAAAGCCACUUCCUGCCGCAGCUGAGUGCAUUUGGUGGCUUCGAAGGCUCACUGAGCCAGCCUUGGAGACCCGUCAAGGUCUACAGUCUGCCAGAAAGCAUGUCUAAGAAGCCCCAAAGGUAUCAAGUGAACCCAAGAGGUGGGCGGCGAGACAGCAUAUCGUCCUUUGCAACAGCUGCUGGCGCAGUGCCUACGAUCUACCUCUCUCCGAUCCUGCUCGCAAAUCUCAACGGAUCGGAAAAUGUCACGCUUUCGCCUUUGCCGAUGAACAAACGGCAAAAUCUGAAGCGACCUGCGACACCUCGACCUACUUCUGUGUCGUCACGGAUGCCUCCCACUGCGUCUGAAGUGACGCUUCGGAAGGUCGUCACACCACUCUCGACGGAGCGAGCGCUGGACAAUGCGCUGUUUGCAAGCUUGAAGCAAUACUUUGAGCGGAAGCAACGCAUUCUCAAGGCUGGCGAUCUCAUUGCCGUACCGAUCGACGAAUCGCUCGGCCGCUCAAUGUACGAAGGCGAAGCAGAAAAGGAGGGCUCUUCUCAAAACGAGAUGCUGUCAAGGUGGAACACUGGCGAUGCGCAGGACAGUGUGCGUGGCUCGACGAGCGUGGCCUGGUUCUCGAUCGAAGAUGUGACGGCACAGCAAGACGAAAGCGAGAUGGUCGACGGCGCUGAUGGUUGGGGUGGUGUAGCCGCCAUCGACCCGAUGAAGAUGACUAUGCGGCAGUCUGGUGACGAUCACCGGAAACUGCCAGCUACGAGCAACAACACUUGGCCGUACUACAUGCACGUCGUCAAUCACAGCUCGCGACCUUCGACAAAUGUUUCAGGCGCACCGGGACUCCCAGAGCAGCCUUCGCCAUACACUUCGAAUCUACAACGCCGAGUACGCGAGCUCUUCUCCGUCUCCACGAGUCCUCGAGCCGUGCACCUCGGACUCCCGCCGCUGGCCCUCUUACUCACAUCGACGCAGCGGAGCAUUGGGAAAGCUACCACUGUGCGGACCACCUGCGCCGAGCUCGGCAUGCACUACUUCGCCAUCGACGCAUACGACAUAGUCUCGGAAAGCGGCUCUGGCUUCGACACAGGGGCGCAAGGUCUCUUUGAGGCCCGCUGCGACCGUGCUUUGGAGUGUGGUGCGGAGUUCACUGCGCUUUGUGUCCAGCAUCUUGAGACGCUGAACUCGGACCGCGUGGCUGCGUCGCUGAAGAAUGUCCUCGAAGGCUGUCGGGUGUUGGUCGCUACUACGACAGAUGUAGACAAACUGCCAGACUCCGUGCGAGGUCUUUUCACGCACGAGAUCGAGAUGACGGCCCCUGACGAGGCGGAGCGAGAGGGUAUCUUGAAGAACGUGGUCAACAGCAUCGGUAUGCCCGUAGCCUCCGACGUCGACCUCGCGGCCGUAGCCGUCAAGACCGCCGCGCUGGUAGCAGGAGAUCUCGUCGACGUCGUCGACCGCGCCGUUGUAGCCAGGAACGCACGCAUCGAGCAACUGGCCGCUUCCACCUCACGAACCUCAGGCCAGGUCAUCACGACCAAAGACAUCACGUUGUCAGGCGGCGCAGCAGCGACCUCCCUCAUCGCCGCCGACUUCGACGAAGCGGUCGAUUUCGCGCGCAAGAACUUCGCCGACUCCAUCGGCGCUCCGAAGAUCCCGAACGUCCAGUGGUCUGACGUCGGAGGGCUGACGAACGUCAAGGACGCUGUGAUCGAGACGAUCCAGCUCCCCCUCUCCCGUCCUGAACUCUUCGCUAAGGGACUGAAGAAGAGGAGCGGGAUUUUGUUCUACGGGCCUCCCGGGACGGGCAAGACGUUGUUGGCGAAAGCUAUUGCGACGGAGUUUAGUCUCAACUUCUUCUCGGUCAAGGGGCCGGAGUUGUUGAAUAUGUAUAUCGGCGAGUCGGAAGCGAACGUGCGGCGAGUGUUCCAGCGAGCGAGGGAUGCAAGGCCGUGCGUCGUAUUCUUUGAUGAGCUGGACUCUGUGGCGCCUAAACGUGGGAACCAGGGGGAUAGUGGUGGGGUGAUGGAUCGGAUCGUCUCACAGCUUUUGGCGGAGCUGGAUGGGAUGAGCGAUGGUGAGGACACCGGCGGUGGGGUGUUCGUGAUCGGCGCGACGAAUCGACCGGAUCUGCUGGAUCAGGCUUUGCUCAGGCCGGGGCGGUUUGACAAGAUGUUGUAUCUGGGGAUCAGCGAUACGCAUGAGAAGCAGGCGACGAUUCUGCAGGCGCUGACGAGGAAAUUCACACUCUCCCCCUCCCUCUCCCUCCCCAACGUCGCCUCCGCCCUCCCCUUCACCUUCACCGGCGCCGACCUCUACGCCCUCUGCUCCGACGCCAUGCUCAAAGCCAUCACGCGCUCCGCCCGCGCCGUCGACUCACGCGUGGCGGCUAUCAACAAAGAGCGCUCGAAGCGCGGACAGGGCGCUAUCACUGUGGCGGGGUUCUUUGAUCAUCAUGCUUCAGACGCUGAUACUUCUAUUGAGGUCGUGGAGGAGGACUUUGCGGAGGCGAGGAGGGAGUUGGUGCCGAGUGUUAGUUUGGAGGAGUUGGGGCAUUAUGAGCGGGUGAGGAAUAGUUUUGAGGGGGUGAAGGAUAGGGAUGGGAAGGCGGAUGGAGGGGAGGCUAAUGGGAGGCCUGCGCUUCCGAACGGUGGCAGUCGGCCCGAGAGUGCAAGGCAGGUCAAUGGUGGGGGGCCGGGUGAGGAGGAUGAUUUCGUUGUUAGGACGGAUAAGUUGGCGAUUGAUGGGCCUGGCAGGCCGGUCUCGAGUAAGGGCAAGGGGAAGGGCAAAGUCCGGGAGGUGCGUCAGGAGGCUGUGAAUGCGGACGGGGAUGGGGAGGACCUGUACGACUGA